CAGGAAGCACUGCACGGGUGACACCCUGGAUGGGAUUCCUGAUCAUCAGAGGACACAUGUUGAAGCAGCUGCGGGAGCAUCGUCGCACACAUCCAGGGCCAGGAACCAAGCCCACAACCUUGGUAAUGGACAAAGACCGGAACGGUUAAGGAUGUCUUCUUGGUGAAGGAGCGGCCGCCUGAGCAUUUGGUGCGACUCCGCGAUCUCCGGGAGGAAUGGCGAACGCGACGUGGGAGCGUCUGUUUGCUCAGACGCCGGUAAAAAGCACAACGCAGUCGCCAGAAAGCAGCGAUCGCGCAUAUAAGACGUACCUCAUUGGAAUCGUCAUCGCAAUAUGUGGGAAUUUUCUAAUCAGCAUCUCAUUAAAUAUUCAGAAAUACACACACAUGCGACAGUCCCAGAGUGGCUCCAAGCCCUACUACACCUGCGCCCUCUGGUGGUGUGGCAUCGCCCUCAUGGGCAUUGGUGAAUUGGGCAAUUUCGCCGCCUAUGGCUUCGCACCGGCCUCCCUCAUCGCCCCGCUGGGCUGUGUGUCCGUCAUCGCCAGUGCGGUGAUCUCUGUGGUGUUCCUGAAGGAAACGCUGCGUGCCUCAGACGUCCUGGGGGGCGCCCUGGCUGUCAGCGGGACAUACCUGCUGGUAACCUUUGCCCCCCACACAGUCCAGCACAUCACCGCGCAUCUGAUCCAGAUGUACGCCGUCAGCUGGCAGUUCCUCGUCUACCUGGGCCUGGAGAUCCUGCUGUUUUGCGUGCUGCUGUACCUGUACAAGAGGAGGAACAUCAAGCAUGUGGUGGUGCUGCUGCUCCUGGUGGCCCUCCUGGCCUCCCUGACAGUCAUCUCAGUGAAAGCCGUGUCUGGGAUGAUCACUGAGUCAGUGGAGGGGAACAUGCAGCUCACGUUUCCCAUCUUCUACGUUAUGGUCGUGGUGAUGGUGGCAUCCUGUGGAUUCCAGAUCAAAUUCCUGAAUCAGUCCAUGAAACUGUUCAAUGCAACUGAAGUAGUGCCCAUUAACUUUGUAUUCUUCACGGCCAGCGCUAUACUUGCAGGAAUCGUCUUCUAUCAGGAGUUCUAUGGCUUAGCUAUGCUCAAUAUAUUUAUGUUUCUUUUCGGGUGCCUGCUGUCGUUCGUUGGCGUCUUCCUGAUCGCCAGGAAUCGGCCACAAAUCAAGACGGACCGGCCAUUCAUCGACAUGGGCCAAGUACCCGGCAGGAGGUGCACAGACAAAGUGCAGCCGGAAAGCACUAACAUCACCUACGGCUCGCUGACCGGAGAUGCCAUCCAGCUGCAGGCCAAAGGCGGCCAAACCGAGAGCUCUGUGUAGGUGCCACGCCCCCUGCUGUACGGACACGUUGCCUGCGUUAGGGGACGCAGGCUUGUGGAUGGUGCUGCCCCCCCCAAAGCUGCUGAUCUGGAAUAUUCCUACCCAUCAUAGGACUGAAGAGACUCCUAUUAAAACUUGACUGAAGGAGAAGUUUUAUGAUUACUUUAGGGAGGAAGAAAUCAUUAGCGGAAAAGGUUUCUUGAACGAGCUGUAAGGAUCUUCUUUACUAUCUUACGCCGUGGUUAAAGAACACCACCUUGGCCUGUGGGCUGCAUUUUGAAAGAAGGUACAGCUGUUGUCCUGAUUGAAUAGAUACUUAACUUGAACUGCUGUACAAACCCACACUUACACUGUUGCUUGUAUUAACUGCAUAAUAUAAAAAAAAAAGCCAUUGAGAAUGUAGUAACAGACAGGCAUUAAAUACGAAAAUAUAA